AUGGGGGGUGACGGCCAGUCACUUUCGAAUAAGCGUAAGCAUUUGGAAGAAUCCAGGGUCUUUGUUACCGCCGAGCAACUGAGAAAAGGAGCGGGCAAGGAGGUGGAUGUGACGCAAAAGGAAAAGGAACGAAUUGCUCAGCGAUGGGCACAUUGCGCAUUGUCGUUAGAGCCGUUGGAAACACCCGUUGUCUUUGAUCUCUGUGGCCGGUUGUAUUCAAAACGAGCCAUUGUGAAUGAGCUUUUAGAACGAAGACAUCGACCCAAAUACAAUAAAGAAGGCUUUGACGGUGGGAAUUGCGCCGUCGCAAAGCUUUCGGAUGUCUGUGAGGUGAAGAAUGUGGAGGAGGGCGAGCGGGUGUGUAUCCGAUGCCCUUUAAGUGGCUUUGAGGCGUCGUCUGGGCUCCACAAGUUUGUUGGGUUUUGGGGUUGUGGACAUGUUGUUUGUAACUCCUCAUGCUCCGAUUCAGUCAUGAAAAAGGGCGAGGCGAGAGAUGCCGCCCCCGGGGCUGAACCGGCGACCACAUCGUGCCUGCUCUGCGGUGAGGAUAGCUUCCAGGUUCCACUGAUACUGGAGAGCGAAGAUGAUGAAGUUGCUCAGUUGCAACGACUGCGCCCACUUCAGCGGCUUGCUUGUAAGCGUAAACGAUUGAAAAAUUAA